UUUUGUCACACAAAUACAAAACUGUUGGUUGUUUUUUCACCCCAACAGUAUCUGAAAAGAACUUCCUGGAGUCUGAAACAGGCCUGAAGAUUAAACAGACCGGUGUAGGAGAGAGGAUAGAUGCACGGGGUCUCCCUCAGGUAACCAAGGUUUCACAGGGCUCCAGCGGCACAGUCAUCACCCUUGUUUCCAUGGCAGUCGUCGGAGGCGUGCUGGUAUUGGCUAUGGCUGUAGCUUGUUUCAGGCACCACGCUCAACAAGUGGCCAAUGGCAAGCUUGGACUGGGGCCAGAGGGAGGAGCAGAAACACACUUUGACUACCAGGAGCUAUGUCGGCAGCACAUGGCGUCCAAAUCCUCCCUGUCCCGCCAGGAAUGUAUGGCCGGAGUGAGUGGCGGCCUGGCGGGCUCUGCCAUUGGCACAGGUGCGGGGGGGCGGAGGGGUACGGACACUUCCCGCGUCAGCAGCGUUUCCUCUCAGUUCAGUGACGGUCCCCAGCACAGCCCGUCCUCCACCCACAGCUCCACCCCUUCCUGGAGCGAAGAGCCGGCCCAGUCCAACAUGGACAUCUCUACUGGUCACAUGAUACUGGUGAGUCAUUGGUUUUUAUUCCAUCAUGAAAUUCUGCUCUGUUCUUCUCCUACAGAGAGUAAGCGUGAAGCAUAUGACAGACAUGGAAAUGACAGAAGGCCACCCACAGGUUCCUCCAGCGCAGAGUUUUCUUCAGAUUUCCCAGGAUUCACCUUCACAUUCCGUAAGCCAGAUGACGUGUUCAGAGAGUUUUUUGGUGGCCAGGAUCCUUUCGCUAACUUCUUUGAUGACUUCUCAUCCUUCGGAGGCACGUCUUCUCGCCUCGGGCCCGGGCGAUUCUUUUCCUUCCCUUCAGCAGGAGUUAAUUUUACAUCCUUCUCCUCUUCCAUGGGUGGUCUGGAUGGGAUGGACAGCAUGGGCGGCGGUAUGGGCAACUUCAAGUCAGUUUCUACCUCCACUCGCAUCAUGAAUGGCAAACGCACCACCACCAAGAAGACGAAGGAGAACGGGCAGGAGAGAACAGAGAUCGAGGAGGACGGGGUGUUAAAGACUGUCCUAAUUAAUGGUGUGCAGGAUGAAAUGGCCCUCACACUGGAGCUGAGCCGACGAGGGGAUCUGUCCCGUAAAUCUCCUCAGAAGCCCCGAAUCCAACACAGAUCACCUGCCGAGUGUGAGAGACCCCGCCCCAGCCCUCACUCGGCAGCCCCACACCGCUCAUUCAGCUCCGCCCCAUUCUACCACUACGGGGUUGCAGCUGGCAGUGAGGAUGAAGAAGUAGAAGAUGAAGAUCUGCAGAUGGCUUUGGCAUGCAGCUUGUCAGAAUUGGAUGCCCAGCAGAGAGCAGCUACCGACUUCAUAUCAGACUCAGACUUCGAGGCCUUCACAAGCUAACCUGAUUGGCUCGUGCUGCCCUGAGGUCAAAGGUCAAUUCCCCAAGAUGCACUUGUCUCUCUCUGCCCAUCAUGGCCACUACCUGCUGAAUGAGACUUAAAUGAUUCAAAUGCGUGUUUUUAUAUGUGAGUGUGAGUGUGUGUACAUAGCUCAUUGUGGAGCAAGAGACUGGAACGUUUGUGUUUUGAAACCCAAGGAAAUAGUUGUAAUCUUCUCUGCUUUAACUGCUGUGUCAGCAGAAUGAUAUGCUGAAUUAUGCCUGCAAGUGGAAACUGAUAAAUGAAACUAAUAGAACAAUGUUUUAGAAGGAGAGAAAAUAAAGCAUUUCUUGCUGACUAUUCUGCAUCAGACCAUAAUAGUUUGUAGACUUAUACAUAAUCAAUAUAUAUAGAAUAAUAUAAGUGUUGUCAGGGUUAAAGAAUUGCAGU